CGAGGUAGUCGUGCAUUGUAUAAGCACGUUAUAGUAUGACGAAAACGUCUUCAUUAGCCCUAUCUAGCGGCCCUUUCCUUAGAAUAGGAAAUCCUCCGAUAGAUCUAGAUUGUUUGCUGUCUUCUUUCAAUGGAUACAAGCCCCCGCUAAUGUUGUUCCAUACAUGCAUAAGCGACAAGGGCUUGAUUGGGCUGCCCCACCAUGCGACCCUAGCAUGCCGGCGGGACAAUUAUGUUACUACUAUAGUAUAAGUACGCCUCUGAUUUCUGUGAUCCAUAUCUCCCCGCUCUUUCAGAUUCUUACCCAACCUUUGAUCUAUUGGCUUCCAUGGACAUUGAGGCUCUUCGACCUGCUACUAUUUCUUAUCGGUGUAGGCUCACCGCACAUCACAUUCUGUUAUCCCAUCUAAUCCUCCCCCUAGAUGCUGUGCUCCAAUUGCUUGCUGUCUGAGUGCUCCUUGGUCUGUGGGAGAACUACACCUGACACUCUGAGCUUAUCCUUUUCGCAGAUUACCAUUGCUUGGGACCUGUCGCUUCGUUACCCAAGGUGGAUUCUUCGACCAGAGGAUGAAAACUCACGCCCGUAUCCAGAAAACAUUGUCACUCCAACACAAGAAAUGCGUGGGACUCGUGAGAUCG